AUGAUUAAAUUGUUUCUACUUCUAGUCGUGUUACAAAGUAGUCACGGUUGGAUUAUUAAUAAUUUAAAAAGUAAAAUUUUAAAACGGAAAUUUUUCGCGAAAGGAUACGAUGGCGUGAUCGACUCAAAGGAAUUAGCCGAUUUAAGGAUUACUCUCAUUUAUCCAGGUACAAAAUGGUGUGGAGCGGGGAAUAUAGCAGAUGGAUAUGAUGAUCUGGGACCUGAAGCGGAGGCAGAUAUGUGUUGCAGGGACCAUGAUAACUGUGCUGAUUACAUUCCCGCUGGGGAAACAAAACACAAUCUUACGAAUAAAGCCUUUUACAGUAGGUUAGCCUGCUAUUGUGAUUUGCAAUUCCGCCAUUGUUUACGAGAGGCUAAGACAAAAACUGCUAACAAAAUAGGUACUGUAUACUUUGAUUUGCUGGGAACUGAGUGUUAUAAAGAAGAUUAUCUAAUAACCGGCUGUAAAAAGAGAGGCGGGUGGUUAAACACCAAGUGUGUGGAGUAUUCAUUUGAUGAUAGCAGCCCACCUCGACAUCAAUGGUUUGAUGUACCUAACUACAACUGA